UUCAGCAUUGCCAAAGUCGGAGUAUGGAGAGUUCAAGUCAAUGCAACAGCAACGGUACGCUGUAAAAUCACGCUGUAGUACGCAAUCUGCGUUAGUGGACAUUAACUCUUCCACUCAGCAUCACUCUGCAAGUUUUGCCAUGAGUUUGCUUCACCUAUCAACCCUCCUGGCCGCCGCACUUGUAGUGAGAGCUCAGCCACAGCUCUUGCGCGGCUCCUGCAGUUUCGACCUGGACAGCUGCGGCUACACGUCUGAUCCCGCUUACGCUGCCUGGACCAUUAACGAAGAAGGUCGCUUCAUCACAGCAGACAACAUGUCUAUUGGUGAAAAAGAAAAGUAUGUUCUGGUCAGCCCAGAGUUGGAGCUCCGUGACUGGAGCUGUGUGCGGUUAGUCUAUCAAAUCACUGGCUCGGGAUCUCUUCAACUUCACUUACGACCUGAGGGUGAGAACUUUGACUACACUUUAUGGACAGCAGAGGAACCCUCAGACAGUUGGCUCAUUGCCAGUGUGGACCUCCGCAAUAUGUCUGGGGCUUACCAGCUACUAUUUGAGGGUAAACACAGGAGAGGAAUAGGAAACAGCAUCGCUGUUUUUGAAAUAAGCAUCAUCCCUGGGUACUGUAUAGAAUGUAACUUUGAAGAGCACCAUUUGUGUGGCUAUAGUAAUCAAUGGAAUCCCAAUGUGAACUGGUAUGUGGGAGGGAGCUUGGCCCGGGACCCUCAGUCAAAACUUCCAAAUGACCACACCAUGAACAAUGAAAGAGGUCAUUACAUGUAUGUGGACUCAGUUUAUGCUAAAAAGUUCCAGGAGGUGGCCAAGUUGGUGUCGCCAAUGACUACCACUCCAAUGGCAGGAUGCUUGUCAUUUUACUAUCAAAGGGACCAAGCCAUUGGGAAUUUCUUCUCCAUCUUCACUAAGGACCAGCUAGGCCACUAUGAAGAAAUAUGGAGGCCUGAUGUGUAUGCAACAUCAAGUUGGAAGUUAGUGCAAGUGGAUAUUAAGGCACCAAAUUCUUUAGAGGUGGUGUUUGAGGUGGCAUUUAACAGUGCUAGUAGUGGCUAUGUUGCUCUAGAUGACAUCUCUUUUUCCUCAGAGUUCUGCCACAUAGAGACAGAGCCAGCUUUUGACCCUUCUGUUGCAAACUGUGACUUUGAAGAAGGACUGUGUCAGUACUAUCAGGAACAGAUUGGUGGUGCAGUGUGGAACAGGGUCUCUGUGAAACCAAAUGCUUACCGCAUCGGGGAUCACACCACAGGCACUGGGUCUUUUCUUCUGGCCAAUACUCGUUUUACCUCUCGUCCAGGGUAUGUGGGUCGCCUUUUUGGACCCUUCCUACCAGGGAACCACAAAUACUGCCUUAGGUUCUACUAUGCCCUGCAUGGCUUCAUGAAAAUAGAUAAUGCUCUGGCACUGUACGUCUAUGAUGAAAACAAUGUUGCUCAAGAAAAAAUCUGGACUGUGUUUGAGAGGUCUAAAGAUGUUUGGACAGAGGUGGAAGUCACCUACCAGAAGCCAAUGUCUACUAAAAUAGCAUUUGUCAGCAUCUGCAGAAACUUCUGGGAUUGUGGACUUGUAUCUCUUGAUGACAUCUCAGUGGCCCUUGGAGACUGUCAGGUCACUACAGGACCAUUGAAGCCACCUCCUGGACAUUGUAACUUUGAAACUGGUGACUGUGGCUACACCCAGAAAAAGAAAAUUAAGAAGGGACAUUGGUUACGGAUUAGGGGACAGACACCCACCUCCUACACAGGACCGAAGGGGGACCACACCUUAGGGGUAGGUUACUUCAUGUACAUUGAGGCGUCACACAUGUUACCCGGUCAGUCUGCCCGGUUGAUGUCCACUGAGCUCAGGGGUUCAACCGGACCGCAAUGUCUGAUCUUCUUCUACCACAUGUAUGGCUCGGGCACAGGGACCCUGAGCGUUCUGCUGCAUAAGGGGGACAGAGAGAUGUUGCUUUGGACGAGACAAGGGGAACAAAGUGUGUCCUGGAUGAAGGCCACAGUGGAUUAUGAGUGUUACACAAGGCAUUGGAUUAUAUUUGAAGCCAUCAGAGGAUCUUCAGUAAGGAGUGACAUUGCUAUUGAUGAUAUUGUGUUUAAAAAGGGACCUUGCAAAGAUCCUGCAGACAGCAUCCCAUACUCAGGCUUCUCUGAGAAUUUUAAUGAGAUUGAGUACUAAGCAAGGCCUUGGAAUGCUGAUGUGUGUUUGUUUUUAUUUGUGAUUCACUGGGAACAGGCAUUGAGACAUCUUGGGAACUGUUUUAGUUUUGUGUACUUUGUUUAUAGAAUAUCAGAAAUUACUUUUAAUUUUUGUAAUGUGUUGACAUUGCUCAGCAGCAUGCUGCUGGGUAGCAUACAUGGGUUGUUGUUAAAACUUUUUGCUGAUGUGAAUGUUUUCUUGUUUCUUUUUACAUUGAUCCGUGUCCAGUUGUAUACAUUCUCACUUACAGUGUUACAUUUACUAAACAACCUUUGUUUUUAAUUGAAAAGGCUUUGUCAGGUUUAGUAAUAAACCAUAUCCACAAUAUUCCUGAGUCCCAUGACGCUUUGCGGGUGAUGUGGGCUGAACUUCCGUUUAAGUGUACACAAUCGUAAUGUUAUGUACUAACGCAGCAUUAAAAAUGACAGAAACUUGAGAACAAAUGAUCACAGAAUUAUAGCGAGGCGAUAUUGUUCUUCCCACCUACUGUUAAUGAUUAUGGAUUUCAGGAUGACGGCCAAAUAUUGCAAAUAGAAGCAUUUGAGUUAUUUUGUUGAGUUUUAUCCAUCGAUAGAAGAACCUGAGCAGACUAACCUGAUAAGCUAUGCAGCCUAUUAGCGCCUUCACAGCUGUAAAGUUGGACAUGUUUUGAGAACUGUAGAUAAUUAUGUUUAUUUUAAAGCAUGCAUUGAGUCUAGUCAGAACCUGAAGAGUUUGUUGUACUGAGAUUAUGUACUUACUGCAGAUACAGGGGAGGUCCAGACAGCAAGAUGCUUGUGUAUUACAAGACUCAGGCGAUGAUACUGUCAUGCUGCCGUUUCCCGGAUAAAAUACAAUUAUUUUGCGGGAGAUUAAUGUAUAGUAAACUCAAUCUAGCUUUAUAAUUGUUAGUUUACAUACAUAAUCUCCAUAUCUAAAUGCUAUAACCAGGGGUGUAGCAGACAUUUUAUAAAAGGGGGGGGGGGACAGCUGUGAGUAGGUGUCUCACACAGACCCAACACUUACAGUGCAGUAUUAAUAUAUUACAGUAUAUAUUCAUAUAAGUAUUAUAUUAAUAUAUACGUAUUAUUUACUUUUAAUAUUUGUAGUAUUUUAAAGAUUCAAUUAUUGCAAAAAUUUUGCUAAAUUAGCUGCAAAAAUAAAGGGCAUCUUUUGGAGCACUUGAUUCUGUUUCACACAUGACAAUAAAAGAAUGAGCAUAAGCUGGUCCUGAAUAAAUUAUUUAAUCAAUUACAAUAAUGACAAACAAUUUUUAUUUUUUACUCUGUGCUUGUGCAUUGUGGGAUUUAAAUGCAUCCAAGUGGCUCGAGUGUUUUGACUACGUUCACCAAAAUUCGAUCAGAUCCAUUUAAUGAUUCAGUGAUCAUUUCUGGUGAUGCCAGAAGAGGGUGACAAAUGAGUGUCUUGUGUGAAAUUAGUUAGUCACUUAAUUAACGAUCAAAAGAACAUUUUAAUCCUUUACAAUUUGUAUGUCUGCUGACCUAUAAAGAGACUUUAGUAGAGGUUUUAAGCAUUAUAAGAACAAAAAGCAAAUCUAUAAUUUCCCUACAGUUUUUGAGCUGCUGAGCAUGACUUUUAUCAAAAGACAACAAUAAUAGUCUUAUAAUAAUUAUAAAUGAGUUUCAAUAAUGUCCGUAUGUUUUCAUGUAUAAAAAAGCAUGUCUACAUAUCUAUUCACUUCAGUAAAAUGUCUAAGUGUUCUAAGAACGCAGCAGAUCUAUCUUUUUUCCUACAGUUUGUCGACUGCACACCAACGUAGAGGUAAAAAAAACAGGAGCUGAUAUAAAAAACAGCUUUACAUAUUUAACACAGAUCUAGUAAUCUGCUUAAAUUGGCAAAAACAACCAAUCAAACUUUUACCUCACAAACAUAAUGUAAAAAGCAUAACUUGAAGGCUCAUGCGCUGAUAUAAACUCCACUUACAAUGUGUGCUUAAAAGGUUUGCCCUUUGUUUCUGUUUUCUGCAGUGCAUUUCACAUUAUGCUGCCAAUCAAGAACGAUAUGCUAAUAAAUAACUCUCAUUUGAUUGUUCCUCAUCUCUAGAUUAUUAAUUUAACAUCAAUGCCAAUAAAAAACAUGGAUAAAUGAGCAUUGUUGAAAGCAACUUUGUAGAAAUGAAUGGAGCCGAGUUAAUUAGACUGUCAUACUGAUCACCUGUGAUUGGAUGGAUGGUCUCUCAAUCAGCCCAAAGUAAUAAAACGCAAAGAAUACUGUAUUCAAAUCCACCAUUUAUACUCAGUAUUCAGACAAAAAUCACCUUUUUAAAGAGUGCGAGGGAUGUGUCCUCCACGUCCCCUGUGGCUGCUAUGCCCUUGCUGUACCAUAAAUGUUUUUUACAUUCAUGUGUUUUUAUUAAAAUGAAUAGUUUUUAAUCCCUGUAUAUAUUGACAGGGGACAAACCUUUCACAUCUCCACUGUGGGUCUCAAAAGAUAUUUAUAAAAUAGGGAACCUAUACGACGAAUAUGGUUUACACUCAUUUCAGGAUUUACAGUGUAUGUUUGACCUCCCUGGCUCCUCAUUCUUUCUUUACCUGAGAUUGAGGUCAGCUAUGAAAGCAUAUGGAGUUCCAUAGAAUAUGUCAUUAAAGGUGCUAUAUGUUAGAUUGACAACAAGCAUUUGAAAUGGUUACUGCAGUUCAAAUUCAAAAUAUUGGAGAGUUGUCUGCCCCGCCCCAGAUUUGAAGCUCAUGUGGGUUGCCAGAAUGUUGACAUGCAAAAUCAGCCAACUCAGCAUCUGUUUUAAAAGAUUUUUGAGCUUUAAGCUGUCUCCAUCUUCCAAAGGCAUCUCCAAUAUUUAUCCUUGUUUUACUACGCCUCUGGUCAUGGUGGUUUUAGACGGAUGGUGAGGCUUUUUAGGUCGGGUGGAAUCUGUUAUCUCUGAUCCAGUUCGUUUGCUGGCUUUUAUGGCUGCAGCACGCAGUGUUGUUUGCCUGAAAACUUGUUCAAAACUGGCAACCCAGCGGUGUCAAUUCUGUUGGUGAGUGGGCAGUGGGCGGGAUCACACAGGCCAAAACAUAAACAGAAAUUCCGCCCGGAAUGGAAACUUCAAAAUAGAAUAUACUGGCUGUAUCAUUGUUAUUGGAGAAGCCAGUAUUUCAACUUAGCAUGUUUCCUAAUUCUCUAAUGACAUAUUAUGGUCAUUUUAUGAUUUAGUACAGUAAAAAUAUUAUGUAUAGCACCUUUAACCUCUCAUCUGAUGUCAAGAUGGUUUGAUCAUAAACUCAGCAAAAAAAUAAACGUUUUCUCAAUUUCAACCGCUUUUAUUUUCAGCAAACUUAACAUGUGUAAAUAUUUGUAUGAACAUAAAAAGAUUCAACAACUAAGACAUAAACUGAACAAGUUUCACAGACAUGUGACUAACAGAAAUGGAAUAAUGUUAGUCCCUGAACAAAGGGGGGGUCAAACAUUGUAAUUUGGCCUGGCUGUAUUUUGGCAUUUUCAUAUGUAUUUUAAAAAUGUUAUUCAAACGUACAAAUUACGUUAUUUUGACACCUAAAUAAAACGUCACACAAACAUUGUAAUUUGACCUGGUUAUAUUUUGGUAUUUUUAUGACAUAGCCUAUUUUAAAUGUCUUAUUCAAACUUACUAAUUACGUUAUUUUUACAUCUGAAUAAAAUGU